AUGUCUACGAACGCUAGCUACGGUGUUCCAUAUUCUCCCUCUCAGGCCAGCAAAUUUGAUGGUCCUCGAACUAUCGAUGAGCUCAAGAGCGAUGGAAUUAAGUACAUUCGCCUCACCUGGGUCGACUUGGUCAAUAAUAUCCGCUACCGUGUCAUUCCCCUCGCGUACUUCGCGAAGCUCUUGGAAUCACCCCGGCCUGGCAUCACAAUAGGCAAGAUCGUGCUCGGGCUGGUGUUCUUGACGCAGGCGGAGGGCUUCGGGCCCGUUGGCGAGUAUCUGUAUGUCCCCGACAUGGCGACGCUCAGGAAAUGCCCGUACGCGCCGGGGCACGCGAGCGUAAUGGGGUUCUUCCAGGAGAAGGAGCAAAACGAGCUCGGGUCGUUCAGUGUGGACUUGUGUCCGCGGACGAUGCUCCAGCGGGUUGUUCAGGAUGCGAAGAAGACUUGCAAUGUCGAGUUCCUCGUCGGUGUCGAGACGGAGUUCAUUUUACUCAAAUCGGUCGACCCCAUUGAAGCUGUUAACAAUCACGGGUGGUCCAACUCGCCUGCGCUCCCCUCCGGCGCCGUCGAGACCAAAGUACUCGAAGAGAUAGCCGACUCUCUGCAGGAGGCAGGCAUCGAGCUGCAGAUGUAUCACGCAGAAGCUGCCCCGGGCCAGUACGAAGUUAUCACGGGCCCGCUCACCCCGCUGGAGGCCUGUGAUGCGCUCGUCUUCACCCGCGAGACGAUCUACAACACUGCAUCCAAGCAUGGCCUGCGCGCAACCCUCGCUCCGCGCGUCUUCGGGCACAGCUGCGGCUCCGGCGCGCACACUCACGUCUCGAUUCACUCCUCUUCUCCGCCGUCGCUCCCGCCGAGCACUUCCCCCGCCCUUCCCGCACUCUCCGCCUCUUUCCUGCAAGGCCUGUUAACCGCUCUCCCUCCCCUCUGCGCGCUCACGCUUCCCACCGAGGCUUCUUACGCCCGCAUGCUCGAUGGUGUCUGGAGCGGAGGUACUUAUGUCGCGUGGGGGACCGACAAUCGUGAAGCCCCCGUACGGCUCUGCCCGGCCUCGUCCCCGCACUUCGAGAUCAAGUGCGUCGACGGGACGUGCUGCCCAUACGUCGCAUUCGCAGGACUGCUCGGCGCGGGUCUGCAGGGCGUGAAGGACAAACAGGCAUUGAAUAUCGGGGAGUGUAAAGAUGUAGCACCAGCGUUGCUCUCAGAGCAAGAGAGGGAGCGGCUGCAGAUCCGGGCCAGGAUGCCUAAGAGUAUUGCGGAGGCCAGGGAACGGCUGUGUGGAGUAGAGGGGAGGGUGAUUAGGCAGGUUCUAGGCGAGCAUGUCGUGCAGGCUUACGUGAAUGUAAACAAGGUGUGUAAUGUGCGGCUAUGCUCUCUUCGGGAACUUAUAUCUUCUACAGACGUUGGAGCAGUGCCUUGGAGAAGGGUCGGAUGA